CGCUCAACUCCAGGAAACCACCCCGCGCGGCAGCGGCCAGCAGAUGAGAAGGCUGAGGUUCAGAGAAGUUAAGUCAUUCACCUGAGCUCACACAGCUCUUCUCUGAGGCGCUGGCUCUGUACUUUGCAGGCGUUACCUCAGUGGAUCUUGGCAGCAGCCCUGUUGGGUGGCUACUCCUCUUAUCUCUGUUUUACAGAUGAAGAAACUGAGGCCUAGAGAGGUGAAGGUUCAAAGGUCACAGAGCUAGCAAGAAGUGGGGCUGGGAUUGGAGCCCAGAGUGGAGCCAGGGCUUGGCCUGUCUUGUGCCCUGCUGUACUCCUAGCACCUAGAAAAGCACCCAGCAUACUAUAGGAGCUCAACCUCAGACAGGAUGGCUGGUGCUGAGAGGAGCUGGCGGUGACUCUGGUGCCCAUAGUGGCAGCUCCGUCUCCUGAAGAUGAAGUGGCCCAGGUGAAGUACAAGUCAGGCCCAAUGGCCAGCUCAGGAACAGAGGUCCACUGGGCUGAGCCAGGCCUGGGGAAGGGACCCCAGCGGCGGCGCUGGGCCUGGGCUGAGGAGGAAAAGGAUGCUGAUGGGAGCGGCCCACACAGCUGGGGGAAAGAGGGGCCCUUCCCCAGUGCCACCAGCCCCGAGCUCCUAGAGGACUUCCGCCUGGCCCAGCAGCACCUAAAGCCAAUGGAGUGGUACCUGGAGCUGCAGCCUGAUGGGCGCCAGGAUCCUGAAUCGGGAGAGUCUGAGGAAGAGGAGUUUGAAGCAGAGGAUGUGGACAGCCCAGAAGGUUCCAGCUUGCCUCUCAACUGGCUCCCCCAGCAGGAUCCUCAACCGGACAUGAUGGAAGAGGAGCCAGAUGAGGCCGUUGGAGAUCAGGAGGCUGAGGAAGCUGGAGAGAGCUCCCCAAGGUUGGGAGAUGAGACUGGUCUCUGCUCCGGAGACAGUGGAAACACCAGCCCUGAGGCUAUGGGGUGGGAUCAGGCCACAGGCUGGGUAGCCUCUGGCAAACAAGCCAGUGGAGAAAAACUUCCAGAACACUCCGAGGUCAACCCAACCAUUGACCUCAACUCCGCAAGGUCCUGGAGCAGCGGGACCAUGAGCCUUGACCAACCUAGUGACAGCCUUGAUUCUCCUUGGGAAGGAGAGACCAAUGUCCCCCAGCCCACUGCCCUGACAGAAACUUUACCACAGAGCCCCAGUCGCCACCUCCUAAACCCAGACGACAGAACCGGAGGAAGUGUUGCUCUGGCAACCCCCACAGAAUUCCAGGACUCCUCAGCACCCGCACCCCAGAGCCUCCAGUGUCCUGCAGAUACAUGGAGGAGAGAAACUACCAGCUACUCCUGCCCCCAGCCCGGGGACCAAGCCUGGAAGCAGAAACGGACGUCACCUAAGGCUCUCCCUUCCCGAUUCACCGGCUCCAUCAGCCCCUUGAAUACUCCGCCUAGGCCAGUCCAGCAGAAAAGGCCACUGCCCAGGCAGGGAGCCACUCUGGCUGGCUGCUCAUCUUCUGAUGCCCCCAAGUACGGCCGGGGGAGGCUGAACUACCCUCUCCCUGAUUUCUCCAAGGUGGGACCCCGGGUGAGGUUCCCCAAAGAUGAGAGUUACCGCCCCCCCAAGGCUAGGAGACACAACAGGCAGCCUCAGGACCCUGUUCGGCCACUGAUCUUCAAGUCACCUGCCGAGAUUGUGCGGGAGGUGCUGUUGAGCAGUGGAGAAGCCUGCCUGGGAAAGGACCCACCUCCUACCCACCCUAUCACCAAGGUACCCCAAGAAUUUCAGACGCCCGAACAAGCUACCAAGCUAAUCAAUCAGCUCCAGGAGGACUACCAUAAGCUCCUCACCAAGUAUGCUGAGGCCGAGAACACCAUCGACCAGCUGCGCCUGGGGGCCAAGGUGAACCUGUACUCAGACCCACCCCAGCCCAGCCACAGUAUCCACACAGGGACGGUGCCCCAGGGGACCAAGGUCUUGUCCUUUACCAUCCCACAGCCCCAUUCUGUGGAGCGGUGGCCAGGCCCCAAUGAGGCCUCGCAGGCCUCCGAGGCCUCAGGGUGGCCAUCAGCUCAGGGAGACCCGAGCCCCUCCUCGCCUACCAGCGCACCCACCCCAGGGUGGCCUCUGGAGAAGCCAGGCAUCGCCCAGGACCAGCCCUCAGUGGAGCGGACCCAGGUGCUGGCUUCUCAGGCCAGCCGGUUCCUGGCCAAGGUGGAGUCCUUUGUGGGCCUGAUGCAGGCAGGACGGCUGACGCCCCAGGAUCAACUCAAGGGCUUCCAGCUGCUAAAGGCUGCCCACUCGGCCCUAGAGGAAGAGUAUCUGAAGGCCUGCAGGGAGCAGCACCCAGCUCAGCAGCUUGCCGGCUCCAAGGAGACUCCUGGGAAAUUUGAUCCUGGCAGGGAGCUGGAGGCAGAGAUAUUCCAGCUGGGAAUUCGCCUAGAAGAGCUAAAGGACCACGUGGACCAGAACCAGCAGGGGCCUGAGCGAGCUGGGUCAGACUCGCCUCUGGACAGACCCCCGGCCACACCUUCCCCGCACCAGCCAACGUGCCUGCCCUCUCCCUCAGCAGAAGCCUCCACGCCGGCCAUCCAGACCCCCUGCCCUGAGCCCAACACCGCCAGCCUUGGUCCCUGCUCAUCGCACAUGAAUGUGGAGGUGAGCACUGUUGGCGGUGAGGUGGAGGACAGGCCUCUGGGCCUCCCGACCCCACACAGGCACAAGGAGCUGCAGGUGAAGCAAGACUUCCAGAGGCUCUUGAAGCGGUACUUCAGUGUCAAGUCCCUCCCAGAAGCCGUGAAAGCAGAGGAGGAAGAAGAGGAGGAACAGGGCCAAACCCUGGAAGUUGAUGGGCCGGCUCCAGCGCCAUUAAAAGCAGACACCACCAGGCUCCCCGCGAGGCAGACCCUGGCGCAGGCUGAGAGAAGUCACAAGGUCCCCCUUAAGGAGACUGGGGAGCAGAUGGUGUCCACGAAACCCCCAGGCUUCCACGCAUUCAUGGCCAGAGAUGGGCACCUGCUGGAACCCAGCAAAGCUAAGGCAGCUCCGCCCAGCCCCGGCAGGCCGCCCUGCCCUCGGGGCACCAAGCCCGCGGCCUCCCACCAGAGCAGUCUGACCAGCCUGGAGGGAAGCGGCAUCUCUGAGCACCUUCCCCAGAAGUCUCUGUGCCAAGCUGGUGGUUCCCACCUGGAGGAGCCCUGGAUGGCAUCCCCUGAGACAGACAGUGGCUUUUUGGGCUCAGAAACCAGCAGAGCAUCGCCCCUCACCCAGACCCCAGAGCACCGGCUCUCUCACAUCAGCACCCCAGGGACAUUAGCCCAGCCCUUCACUGCCUCUGUGCCCCAGGAUACAGCCUACCAGUCUCAGACCAGGGGUCUUCCAGUGCCCAGAAGGGCCACUGAGCCCUGCACAUCCAGGAACCAAGCCCAGAGGCACCUCUCCAACCGAGACAGUCCUCUCUGGAAGAGGGUCCCCAGCUUCCGCCUGGCACAGGCACUGGCAGCUGAGAUGGCUGUCCCUGGCUCAGAGUUGGAGGGGCAAAAGCGGAUUUCUGAACAGCCGCCUCCCAGCACAAGAGUCAGCCCGCCCUCCACCCCGGCCCCUGCAGCUGUCGCUCUGCCCCAUGGACUGACAGAGACCACCCCUACCCUCCUCACCAGGACUGGGCGAGACCAGGCCAUCCGCGAGCUGCAAGAGGAGGUGUCCCGGCUCCGUCUGCGGCUGGAAGACAGCCUGCACCAGCCACCCCAGGGCAGCCCGACACGCCCACCGUCUACCCUUGACCGCCCUGCCCGGGCCCGGGACCGGCCAGCAGAUGCCCCCGCUGCCUGGGGCUCUCACUGUGGCAGUAAAUCCACAGAGAGGUUGUCCAGUGAGCCUGGAGGUGCAGAGCGAGCAGUCCCCGUAGGGAGGCGGCGAGCCAGGUCCACCUCGGUGCCGCGAGAGGUGCCCCGACUGUCCUUGAGUUCUGAAUCCGAGCCAGCCUCCCCACAGCUUUCCUCUGAGAAGGAAAGGACCACCAAGGACAGCCCACAGGACAGAAUGAGAGGAGUGCGCCGUACUGGAAGGCCAGACAGGGUCACCUUCCGGGGCCAAUACACAGGCCAGGAAUAUUGUGUUCUGACCCCCAAGAUUGUCCGAAGAGGGAGUAGCACAGUCUUCUGUCCCCACUGCCAGCCCGUUAGGACUCAGGAUGCAGGCAGUGCUGUCACAAGGGACCCACUGAAACCGUCUCCCACUGAUGCCCUGCGAUGUCCCCUGUGUGGUCGAGUCGGGUCCACCCCUGAGGGGGACAGCCCAGACUCAACCACCUCUGGAGCAGAAAAAGCCACCACAAAGAAAAACGCAUCUUCAGCUUCCAGCCCCAAGCAGAGGAGCAAGCGGGUUGGGUCGCCGCCCCGGCCACCCCCUGGACUGUGGUAUCUGGCUUCUGCACCUUCAAUACCAGCCCCUCCUGCUUUUGCCUACGUCUCUUCAGUUCCCAUCAUGCCUUACCCAUCUGCCACUGUGUUCUAUGCGUCUCCAGGAGGACCUACCUCAGCCCCCUCAGCCCAACCAGCUGCUGAGUGGCCCACCACAGCCUCUUCCCGGCCGGCCGGAAGAUACCGGCAUUCCAUCCAGCUGGACCUGGAGGACCUGGAGGAGCUCAACAAGGCUCUGAGCCGAGCUGUCCAGGCAGCUGAGAGCGUCCGCUCCACCACCAAACACAUGAGCCGCUCUCUGUCAGCUAACCUGCGCCAGGCCCAUGGCCUGCGGGGCUCCUGCCUCUUCUGAUGGCACUGGGGGGCCUGCUGUCCCUCAGGCCAGGGAUCUGUUGGAGCCAUUCCUGAAGGCCCCCCAGACCUCUCAUGAGGAGCCCUGUCUCCAGCAUAGGCCCUGCCUACUCCGUCUCAGCAUUUUCAAAACAAAAGUGCCUGGUCCUCAAGAGAAGUAACUUCCCAGGGGACCGGCCCCUGAAGAAGGUGCUAGGACCGAGGCCACCUUCUGUCCAGAUGCAAUCUCUGGGAGUCUCCUAGUCCUGCACUUGUCCACCUCCAGCUAAUAAUAUGUAUUUUAUAUACAGGUGGACAGAUAGAUUUUUAAACUGAGGAGUUUUCCUGAGCUCGGAUCCUCCUUAGGAGACAGAUAACAAGGGAUGGGGUGAGGGUCUCUGGCACAAACCUGUCCACCUGCCUGUGAGCAGCCACUUGGGAGUUGUCAUCUCUGGAAGGAUGUGGCUAGGGACCUUUCUCCUGGCAGUUGGUGCUAGGACACUUUGGGACCAUUGAGCUAUCUUAGGAUGCCAGCCACCAGGGUGACACAUACUGGCUUCUCCAUGCUUGGAAUGGCCUUUCUUGGGAAGCCUUUUUCAUGGUCCCUCCCAGUGCCUCAUCCUGAGACCCAUGGCUCUCUCCCGGGAAUCUGGCUAGUGGCCAGCUCCCUGCCAGGCCGUCUCCUGCCCUGCCCCCACCCCAUAGCAGUGAGUACCUCAGCUUUUCUGGAAUGUGUGUGCAUCAGUGAUAUAUGUAUAUUUGAGGCAUUUAAAAAUUCUAUUUUCGUUAUGAGGGCAAGUGAAGAACGAAUGUUGAUCUUUAAAAAUAAAGGCCAAAAAAAAAAAAAAAAUCCCCGAAACUUUGCAA